UUUCGCUAUCAUGUGUUAAAUGAGUUCGACUUCGUGUACUUACAGAGGCAACUAAUCAACUUCAGAGUGAAGCUCAGGCGCGUUUUGAAAAGAGAAGCGGGAUCACGAGAACAGAUUCUCUGUGGUUGAUUAUACACAUUAACAAUUUUUUAAGAUAAUGAUGGCAAAUAUGACUCCAGAUUCCAUUUAGGUAACAACCAUGUCUACAAAGAAACUAGCAAAGAAAUUAGGAUUAGUGAGGCAGAGGAAGAAACAUGUUUCUGCAUCCAAAAAAGUUAUAUCAAAUCAAAUAUUUUCAUACCUGAUUGUGAUCGACUUUGAGUCCACUUGCUGGAGGGAGAAAAACACCUCCAGUCAAGAAAUCAUUGAGUUCCCAGCUGUCCUGCUAAACACCUCCACGGGGGACAUCGAUUCCGAGUUUCACACUUUUGUUCAGCCCCAGGAGCACCCUACUCUUUCUGAGUUCUGCACUGAGCUGACCGGAAUUACGCAGGUGCAGGUGGAAGCUGGUCUCCCCCUUCAGAUAUGCUUGUCACGCUUCACCCGCUGGCUACAGAGCCUGCAGCUGGAGAUGGGAUUCACCUUUCCUAACAAACAACAGGGAUCUUCUUCCUCUUUGUCUACACAAAAGCUUUGCACGUUCCUCACAUGGUCAGACUGGGAUCUUGGAGUUUGCUUGCAGUAUGAAUGUAAACGCAAACAGCUUCACAAACCUGAUGUCUUCAACAACUGGAUCGACCUGAGAAGUACUUACAGGCUCUGGUAUAACAGGAAACCCAAAGGCCUGAACGGCGCACUGCAGGAUCUAGGAUUACAGUUUGAUGGCAGAGAGCAUUCUGGUUUGGAUGAUGCCAGAAAUACAGCUCGGCUGGCAGCCAAAAUGAUGAGGGACGGCUGUGUCAUGAAGAUCACUCGGAGUUUGGACAGGACUCCAGUCGUGGUCAAAGGGGUGACGGGAAACGCUACCCGUCUGACGAACAACACAAAAGAAAAACUGACCGUCAGCAAAAAUGAAACCGGGCCGUCCACCAGCAAACCGCUUUGUGCUAAACUUUGUCAACAACAGACGUUUCUAAAGAAGAAGAGUGAAAGUUCGGUCGUGGCGGCGGGCUCCGAUUCGCUGUCCGUUCAAAAGUUCGAAAGCCUCAUUUCCCCAAAGACGCUACUGAACGUCCCAGCAGCAGCGCUGUGGGGUCACACUCACACCCCAGGUACUGGUGCCCGCCUCUCUGCUCCCAUGAACCUUCACUCAACACACAACAGCAGCAGCCAUGUUUUGUGUUCCACCACUAUUAGCUGCUUGACUGAUGGACCUCAAGUAAAUCAGCCCUCCAGUACAGUGUCUGCGGAUGACGUGGAGGAUGUGGAGCUUCUCGUGGACCUAGAAGAGCGUUGUGGUUCAUAUGAUGAUGUUGUGUUGGAGUGUGGAGGAAAUGAGGUAGACGAUGAUACUGAAGUGCUAGAUGUUGAUACUGGGAUCUAUGAUGAGGAAGAGUCUGACAAUUCACACUCAUCCAGGAAUUGUGCCAUAGUGGAGGUCAAAUUAAAGGAGCGUGGGGCUGUUGUGCAGAAGAACCUUCAAAAUAUUUUACAGAAUUCAGUAACCUGUGAAAAUAACAUUUUCACAUCUACAUCCAAAAAGGAAAUGACAAAUCUUUUAAAGUCCAAUCACUGUUUUGCUGUUCCUAAACCUGUUAGAUGGGGGAAACAAAAUCAGUGUAAAACUGGCCCUGCCCCAAAAAUGCAAGGGAAGUUUGAUGAUUCCCACAAAGAUAAGAUGACGGAUGUAGUUGGGACAAGUUGUGUGAUCUCACAAAACAUUUUCAGCCCAAAUGUUCUUUCUUCUAAACCCAAACCAGCCAUCACUAAACCCGUCAGGCCUCUGAGUUCACCUUUUAUCAUUUACUCUGAACCGGAAAAACGCACCGCCGCUUCUUUCCCUUCACGUGCAUCAUCUGGUUCUCUCCACACACCCAACAACGUCCUCACCACGUUAUCAACCAAUUCCUUCUCUCGUGUUAACAAUUCCCGUGUCUCCGGGACAACUAGAGGGCAAAAGGUGACCUCCCCACUGUGCGCCUGUGGCAGGCGUGCAAAGCGGCAGGUUGUGUCGAACGGUGGUCCAAACCACGGAAGAGGGUUUUACUGCUGUCCGGUCCGCCGCUCAGGUGGAAAAGGCAAGAUGGAGAAAAGGUGUGAGUUUUUUAAGUGGGAGUCAGCUCUGAUGCAGACUAGUUCAGGGGGAGCUGCUGUUUUCAGGUCUUCUGUGUCAUUUUGUCAGACAAACUCCUCUCUAUCUCACUAUCAGCCACACAGAGCUCAGCUAAGAAAGAGCUGUUGAAGAUCAAGCUGUAACCAGUCACACAUCAAAAACAUUACAAUCAUUACUUUAUGAACUUUUUACGAGUUUUUUGUAACAUAUUUUUGAGAAAAGUGACCUAACUAUGGCAAUCAAAGAAAUGUAGUUUUGGAUAUUUGUUUUGUUUUUUAAAUUAAUAACAAUUAACUACAGAUGUAAAUAUGUACAACAGAUUUCAGCUUUAGAUUUAAAAUAACAAACAAAACUAUGUAUUCAUCAAUUAAUAUUAAAUUUGGUCUUUAAAAUUUUAAGAAUGUGUAAGCUUUUAAGUUUUUUGAGAUUUGUAAAUGUUAUUUUUAUUAGGAAUAUAUUUUUACUACUUAAUUUUAAACUAUGAAAUUUAGUUUUUAUUAGGAAUAUAUUUUUAUUAAUCAAUUUUAAACUGUUUAUGAAAUGGAGUUAAAUAAAAAGUACCUUAUUAAACAUAACUUCAUUGUCUUUUCAGUAUGAAAUGUAUAAAUGAGUCAAAUGAAAUAAAUAAAAAGGGGA